GCGUCUCACACACACAAUACAAUACAACAGUCAGUCACACACUUUUCUUCUUCACUGUGUAGUCGUUUCAUAUUCUCUCCUUUUCUGCUACGUUUACUCAUCAUCAUCAUCAUCAUCUUCAUCCAAUGGGUACCAAUGGAAAUGAAAAGAGAAUAAGCGAAUGCCUUGUUCAUUUGUGCAAUGAAGGAAGCAUUGAGAGCAUUCGUUACUUCGAAUCUAGAAGGACUUUGAUGGAAAUGCUUCGUGAUAGAGGCUACAAUGUUUCUCAAUCUGAUCUCACUCUCACUCUUUCUGACUUUCGUUCACACUUUGGAGACUUUCCUAAACUGGAAACCCUUGGUGUCUCUGUUUCACAUCGCUCUAACCCCUCUAACAAGGUACAGGUUGUCUUUACAGGAACCGAUGAUAUAAGAAAAGGCAACUUGACUGCAAUACAUAACCAGAUUGCGAACAAAGAAAGAUUGAGUAGGCUGAUACUUAUCGUGCAGAGUAAAAUGACUCCAUAUGCCCGUAAAGAGUUGGAAAACUGUCGAUACAAAGUUGAGAUUAUAAAAUUGAACGACUUGGUGGUGAAUCCAACAAAGCAUGUGCUGCAGCCAAAGUAUGAGGUGCUGACUGCUGUUGAGAAGCAAGAACUGCUCAAGAAGUACAAGAUAGAAGAGAAACAGCUACCUCACAUGCUAAGAACUGAUCCCAUGGCUAGUUACUAUGGGCUGGAAAGAGGGCAAGUUGUCAAGAUCUCUCACAGUGGUGAGGUGUUCAAUUCUCUGGUAACCUACCGCUGUGUUGUGUAAUAGUUCUAUUUCAUUAUGCUGCCAUAUGUGAAACUCGGACAACUCCAAUUUCCUUGUUUUAGAGCCUAACUGGAUUUAUUAGUGUUUAGCAAGUUCCAUUUUUCCUUUCUUCUUUUGUGAUGAGAGUUUGUUAUCAUCAAAACCCAGCCAAGUUCAAGAAGGAAAUCUUCUUCACAUAUGCAUGUUAGAAACUUGUCAAAUUGGAAACUUUUGAUAGUGACUAUGCCACUUUUUAUUAAGAGUCUUCAUUAUUCGAUACUCUUGCACUUAUGUUGAGAACUUGUUUGUUUAGAGCAAAAGAUAUCAGAAUACUAGCUAAUGGAUUAUUGCUAUAAUUUUCAUUCCAUGGACAACUGUCUUGUUCAAUGUUUCAGUUUGACAGGGGAAAA